AAUUGACAUGCGCGUGGUAGAUUCAAUCUCCUUGCAAUAUCACGAAGCAACUCUGAAGCACAUACGAGUAAAUCAAAAUUCUUUUACUCUAUACUUACUCUAUACUCCAUACUCCACUUCUAUACACUGGGCUUUCUUGCCGCAUAUCCGAACCAAAGCUCCACCAAACCAUAAACUCUUCCACGAACCGCCACAACCAAACCACAAGAUGCCUUCCUCCCAAGAUUCCGGAGUUACUGGCGCGGCCAAGUUUGUCACCUCCACUCUCGGAAAUACGGUUGGCGGAGUUUCUCGGACCGUAGGCGGCGUCACCGGAGCUGCAGGCCGAGGAAUCGGAGACACCAUCACCGGCGCAACAGGCAGUGCGGGCAAACCCGUGGGUGAUGCGCUGGGCAAUAUCGGAAGUGGCGUCGAGGAUGGGGCCCGCAAGGUCGCGCAGGGUGUUGAGGAUGCUGGGCAGUGGAAGUCUCGGGGCUGGUAGGGAGAUUCUACGAUUUAUGAGGGAUGCGUGGCAUGAAUGUCUUUUCGUGGGAAUUAUGAACAUGACCUGAUGGCCGUUUAUUUUUUUCUUGGUUUGUGGGUUCUUCUGUAACUACUGAUCUGUAAUGAGACCAGAUCCUUCCACUCAUAGAUGACAUUAAUGCAAUGCCGUCUGUCCACGCCA